AUGCCAGCCACAUCUAUUACAGCUUCGAAUACACUAUCGAGAAGUAGGGGUGCAAUACUUGCCCUCACCAGUUGUGCCGCUGCAUAUGGAAUAUACUACUUCUAUAGGUCAAAUGUCGCUGAUGUACAAGACAACACUGGGAGUAGUGGACUACGUAGAAGUAAUGCGGUCUACCGGCGCCGACGCACAGAAACAAUCGACGACAUUAUACCUGAUCACUUACAACCCAUUCCACCAGGCGAAGAUGAAGACGCAAAUAUUGUAGCUAGACCUUUGACAGAUGGAGAUACAGUGGUGGAUGACGGUCCGGAAUUCGAGGGUGGCUUAACAGGCAGAGCACCAACUGCAGAUGCUGAACGAAACGGUCAAAAUAUUGUUCAGCUUCUCUUUCGUGUUUCCGAAGAUGCUACAAGGAGAAAUGCAUACGUACAUAGAGGAUGUGGCUGUAACGGUUGUUCAGUAGUUCCCAUCCGUGGAAUUCGAUAUAGAUGUGCAAACUGUGCAGACUUUGAUCUAUGUGAAUCAUGCGAAGCACAAGGACUACAUACCAAGACGCAUAUAUUCUAUAAAGUUAGAGUACCAGCACCAUCUUUUGGACCAAGGCAGAUACAACCUGUGUGGUAUACUGGAGAUCCCGAGAAUCAAGACAGGAUGAUCACAUUGCCAAAGGAGUUGAUUGCCAAAUAUUCUCACGAGACAGGGUUUGAAAGGCCGGAAUUGGAUGCAUACUUUGAGCAAUGGAAUUUCAUGGCAAACACACCUUGGCCAGAAGACCCCGAUGAUAUUCACUUAGCUAUGGACAGAAGGACAUUUGAGCGGUGUUUGGUACCCAGUGGCGGUUAUAGAAAUAAUGCUCCAAGCCUUAUAUUCGACAGGAUGUUCGCCUUCUACGAUACCAACAGAGAUGAUCUUAUCUCAUUCUCAGAAUUUCUUAGAGGUCAAGCAUACCGCAAGCAAAAGGAUAAAUGGCGUGUGAUCUUUGCUGGAUACGAUAUUGACGACGAUGGUUAUGUGGACAGGAAAGAUUUUCUACGAAUCUUUCGCUCUUACUACGUCUUAUAUCGCCAAAUGCACAAGGAUAUGGUAGAGGGUCUCGACGAGCAGCAUAUGAUGAGUUCGGAGGCACAUGCUCAUCUUAAUGGCCGUGGCGCUCUGGGAAGAUUAAUUGGUCAAAGUUCAGGUGCAGGUCUAGGGCCAUUUCCAGCUUUAGAAUCGCGGGCCGGGGAGGGAAAAAUGAUCCGUGAUGGAGAGAUGGAGAUUUGGGAUGGAAGGGGUGUGAUGAGGCCAAGCGCUAACGAUACUGGAAAUCGAGAUGAUAUUCUUGUUAGCUUUAGUCGGAUUUCAACUUCUGCGAUGCGUCCCGUUGAAAGGACACGAGGCUACUGGCGAUCGUUGAUGGAAGAUCCCUCUACAGAGAGUGAAGACGCCGUGCUCGAAAGAAUUUCCGAGGAAAUCCUACGAGAAACCCUUGAGGAAAACGAUCCCCAGUGGGUUCCUGAUGACCCUGUUUUACUUGACGCAUCUAAUAUCUCUGAAAAUCCCUUUCUAACCCCUGCGGAGCAUGCAACCAUCAAUUUUGAGCGUCGUCGACGAGACUUGAACAUAACUGAUGAAGAUGUUCAAUCAGUUUGUGGACCAGACUACUCAUUGUCAAAUAUUCCGGAAAGUGCUCGCCCUUUCAUCAUAAAGCAUGCUAUCAAGAGGCAGAAAUCCCGAUAUGUAUUGCACGAGAGAUGGAAGCGGAGACAAUUUUACACUGAUGAAGAAGAAGGAGCAUCACCACCUGCUGACUGGAACAUCGAGGAAGACCUUCCCACAGUUAGCGCUGAUGGAGAAACCUCCAAGUCUCAAUUUAAUCAACGACCGACUAUUCAUUCUCGCUCGUCCUCUAAGGUAAGAUUUGCGGAGGACAUUGAUGACUUCGAUACCCGCUCAAAUCCUUCGACAUCUUCGCGGAGCGUCCCUGAACGCUGGGGUGGAAUAGAAAUCCCUGAUGCAGAAAAAGACGUGGGAAAGGAGAUCUUGUAUCAAGUUUCGCAACAAGCCUAUAACGAAAUACUCGACCCAUUAUUCUUAGCUAAGGAAGAUAUGGCGGUGGCUGUCUUGGAGACAAAGAAAGAACGCGACAAAUACCGACAUCUUUUCAGCACUGUUGAUUUUGUGAGGUGGGCUACGGCUAAGAAAGUCGAAGAAGAUAAACUAGUUGCUAGCGAGACCGUUGGCCCAGGUAGUGAUGCUAUUGGAGGAACGAAUAACAAUCCACGGCCUGUAUGGCCUACUAUUCCUGAAGUAGAAGUCGAGGAUAUACGCUUAAGACAGCUAGAUGAACUUCUAGAAGCUACAGGUUACGAAGUGGAGGAGUCUAGUGAUGCCAACGACACAAGCAAUGAAAUAAUCGUUCCUGACUUGGAGCUAUCAGGUCUUUCACAUCGUGAAUUUGACCUUGAUUUGGCAGUGCUCGAAUUCCAACAUGCUCCUUAUUACAAGGACGAUCCUCUGAGGGCAUGGAAAUAUUAUGUUGAUAAAAACAACCUCAAUCUUUACCAACAACGCGAUUUCUUUAAUGCUUUGCAGCCUCUCUUACCACCAACUCUUCUGUUCUAUAUCGACGUACACCUCAAGGAGAAAGAAGAAGAGCGUGAUGAGGUUUCCAGUUUUACUAGCACUCAAUCGUCUGAGCAUAGAGAUCCUACACUCCCUCAAUUUAGACCAAAUUCUGUUACAGAUGAUGUGUCUUCCGGCAGAUCUGUUGGGGAAUACCAGUCAAUCUCAGAAAUUUCAGAUUCUGAACCUCCAGCUGCAGAUACUUCCGGCCCCAAGAAACAGCGUUCCCAGAAGGGAGAUAAGAGACCAAGUGAUGAGGCAUUAUACGAGUUGUGGAAGAUCGAAAAUGCGGAGCAGGAAGGCAAGGAGAGAGGUGGAUUGGGAAAGAUAAACUUCGAAGAGUUUGAACAGUGUGUUAAAAAGGAGGCGGCUAAUGGGAAGGGUAAUGCGAUGGACUAUUUGGGAAGCUGGAUCGAGUUCUGCAUCCCUUAG